UUUUCUCCCCUUAUAUGUCUCAUCUCUAUCUCUCUCUAUCUCUCUCGAGGGUGUGUUGCUUUCUAUGAAAGAGAGAGAGAGACAAACACAGAUAUGUGAUUUUCAUAUAAAUCAACUACACAUAUAAAACCAUAAUACAUGUCACAGUUGAUGAAGGAACUCCAUCUUCUUUAUUUUUAAUAUUUAUAUUCUCCUGCUAUAUAGUUCAAUUCUCUUUCCAGAAGGCGAUUGUAGAGACAUACAGCACUCACUGCAAAGCAAAGGAGGAGCAACAAAGAGAAAGAAAAAAAGGAGAGAGAGAAAGAGAAAGAUAUCAGUAUAGAUAAACGACAGCCUCAGAAACAACAGAGACAGAAAGAAAGAGAGAGAGAAAGAGAGAGAGACAUAUACAACUUUGGCUUUCAAAUCCCACGAAGAGAAAACGAUAUCUGAGAAACCUUUGUACCCCUUUUCCGACCUGCAAGUUCUUAAGAGAAAAGAGAUGAUGAAGAGGAAGACAACGCUGCCAUGGGAAUAACAAGUACACCACCUCGUCCUUCUAUUGUUACAUCUCAUAAUUCAAAGGGUCACAUUAAUCCAACAAUUCUUCAUCCUCAACUCUCGAAAAAUCCCAAUUCUAUGUCCCAAGAUUAUCAUCACCAAAGUCUUUUCAGUUUCCCGAAUGGGUUCGAGAGAUCACAAGUGGAACAACAGCAGCAGCAGCAACAGCAACAGCAACAACACAUGGCUCAACAGAUCCGUCGAGAUAAAUUACGAGUGCAAGGAUUUGAACCCCAACCGUUUGAAGAAGAAACGAGUGGGCUUCCAGUUUAUGAUCAGACCGCUGGAAUGUUAUCUGAAAUGUUUAGUUUCCCACCGGGCACGUCAACGGAGUUGUUGGAGGCCCAAUUCAACCCGAAUUUUAGACACCCGAACCCGAAUCAACGGUCUCAGCCACAGCAGAUUCCUCCUCCCGCCGGCAUGGGAAACGAGUGGUUCGGGAACCGACAAGGAAUGGUAGUACCAUUGGGAUAUGCAAAAAAUCAUAACAAUCAGAUAUCAAGUGCUAGUAUUAAUGCGGCGGAGUCCAUGCAACUUUUUCUUAUGAAUCCACAGCCAAGGUCACCUUCACCUUCUCCUUCUCAUCCUCCUCCUCCUCCUCCUCCUUCAACUAAUUCUUCUACUCUUCACAUGUUGUUACCAAAUCCAUCAUCUACUUCAACUAUAGAAGGGUUUCCCAAUCCAGCUGAAGGAUCUUUUGGUCAAUUCACAUGGGGUAAUAAUGGAGGUGCAAGUGCCAGUCUCAAUACCCCUAAUGAAAUCGGAGCUGGAGUAAAUCAUGUUGUAGAAAGCCAAGGCCUUUCUUUAUCUUUAUCAUCUUCAUUACAGCACAAGGUCGAGGAAUUAAGGAUGGGCGAAGAAAGUGGAAUGUUAUUUUUCAAUCAAGGAGGAGGAGGGUCUACUACUUCUGGACAAUUUCGAUACAAGAAUUUGAAUAUUGGUAACAGUGGAGUAGUAGGCCAAAACAUUCAUCAACAAGUCCAUGUUGGGUACGGCUCUUCUUUAGGAGUGGUCAAUGUGUUGAGAAAUUCCAAGUAUGCUAAAGCUGCCCAAGAAUUACUGGAAGAAUUUUGCAGUGUUGGGAGGGGUAAAUUCAAGAAGAAUAACAAAGCAGCAGCCGCUAACCCUAAUUCUAAUAACCCUAGUGGCGGCACUAAUGGUGGCGGCGGUAACAAUAAUACUUCAUCGUCUUCUUCAAAGGAUGUACCUCCUUUGUCAGCUGCUGAUAGGAUUGAACAUCAGAGAAGGAAGGUCAAACUUUUAUCUAUGCUUGAUGAGGUAGAUAGGAGGUACAAUCAUUACUGCGAACAAAUGCAAAUGGUGGUAAACUCGUUUGAUCUAGUGAUGGGUUUCGGUGCAGCAAUUCCUUACACAGCACUUGCACAGAAGGCUAUGUCAAGACACUUCAGGUGUUUGAAGGAUGCAAUAACAGCACAAUUGAAGCACAGUUGUGAACUGCUGGGAGACAAAGAUGGUGGCACUUCGGGAUUGACUAAAGGAGAAACUCCAAGGCUUAAGAUGCUCGAACAAAGUCUGAGGCAGCAAAGGGCAUUUCACCAAAUGGGAAUGAUGGAACAAGAAGCUUGGAGACCCCAAAGAGGCUUACCUGAACGCUCUGUCAACAUUUUAAGAGCUUGGCUUUUCGAGCAUUUUCUCCACCCGUAUCCAAGUGAUGCUGAUAAGCAUCUGUUGGCAAGACAGACUGGUCUCUCAAGGAACCAGGUAUCAAACUGGUUCAUAAAUGCCAGGGUGCGGUUGUGGAAACCCAUGGUAGAAGAGAUGUAUCAACAAGAAGCCAAAGAAGAAGAGGAGGAAGACGAUGAAAGAGAGAAUAGCCAAAACCAAAACAGUGGCAAUAAUGCACAAACACCAACGCCUAAUAUGAGUAACUCUUCUUCUACUAAUAUGACCACAACUACGACAGCACUAGGAGCAGCUGCAGCUGCAGAGACAGGAACAGCUGCCACAACAGCAACAGCAGCAUCCACAUUAGGCAAAAGAUCCGAAAUCAAUGCACCUGAAAACGACCCUUCACUCGUUGCAAUCAAUUCCCAUAUUUCCUUCUCGGAAAACCAAGCAACUUUCCCGACCAAUAUUCAUGAUUCCGACGCCGCCGCAUGCCAUCGCGGCGGCAACUUCUCCGGUGAUGAUUAUGGGACCACCACUAACGCUGAUGUGGGAUCCACCAUGAUAAGAUUUGGGACCACUGCUGGUGAUGUGUCACUCACCUUAGGGUUACGCCAUGCAGGAAAUUUACCAGAGAAUACUCAUUUCUUUGGUUAAAAUUUUAGAGGGUGAUGCUAAUUAUCCUUCCUUAAUUUAUACCAUAGUAAUUAAACCGAAUUUGCUUCUUGCCUCAUAAUUUAUGCCCUUGCUUUUUGUCAUAAUUAAGCUGCUUUAUGUUAGCAAUCGCUAUGAGAGAUUUACUGUAAUUGUAUAGCAGUAGUAGUAGUACAUUAUUUUUCCCACCAGCUUUUUGCAUAUUUGUACUUAGAGUGUUCUGUACCCACAUUAUCCUUUCAGGAUGUAUGAAAGCUGAUUUUGGACAAUAAAAGGAGUCCCAAUGAGACAGUAUUUUUCA